AUGACUAAUCGAUCUAGACGACAGUUGGGUGAAUAUAGUUUGGGUAAAACCUUGGGAGCAGGAAGUAUGGGAAAAGUCAAAUUAGCCAUCUCAUCUGUUACAGGAGAAAAGAUUGCUAUCAAGAUCAUUCCUCGUCAUACCUCACUCACAGCUGCACAACAACAAGUUGAGAAAUCAAAAGAAUUGAAAGAAGAUGGUGUGAAUGGUAGUAAUUAUCUGGAGAAAGCCAAGAUUAAAGAUCAGGGUAAAGAAGUUCGAACGAUCAGAGAAGCUAGUAUCGUCUUACUCUUACAUCAUCCUUAUGUGUGUGGUAUGAAGAGUAUGUUGGUCUAUCCUCAUCAUUAUUACAUGCUCUUCGAAUACGUUAAUGGUGGUCAGAUGUUAGAUUAUAUCAUUUCUCAUGGAAGACUGAGGGAACGAGCAGCAAGGAAGUUUGCAAGACAGAUGGGUAGUGCAUUAGAAUAUUGUCAUGCCAAUUCAAUCGUACAUCGAGAUCUCAAAAUCGAAAACAUUUUGAUUUCCAAGACUGGCAAUAUCAAGAUCAUCGACUUUGGUCUAUCGAAUCUCUUUUCACCUAAUUCAAAUCUUCAAACGUUUUGUGGUUCACUCUAUUUUGCUGCACCGGAAUUAUUGAAUGCCAAAGUGUAUAUCGGUCCAGAGGUAGAUGUCUGGAGUUUUGGAAUCGUUUUGUUUGUGUUAGUUUGUGGAAAGGUUCCAUUUGAUGAUCAAUCGAUGCCUGCUCUACAUGCUAAAAUCAAACGUGGUCAUGUUGAUUAUCCAACUUGGCUGAGUUCUGAAUGUAAACAUAUUCUUUCAAGAAUGUUGGUCACUAAUCCGCAAAAUCGAGCUAGCUUAACCGAAGUUCUAUCGCAUCCAUGGAUGGUCAAAGGAUUUGACGGACCACCAGACUCACAUAUUCCACAUCGAGAACCAUUGAGGAUCAAUGAGAUACAAGAAGAAGUAGUCAAAGGAAUGACCGGGUUUGAAUUCGGAACAGCUGAAAAGAUUGAAGCCGAUCUCCGAGCGGUUCUGACCAGUGAACUUUAUCAAAAAGUAUUGAAGAAUCAUGAUUCAAAACGAUCUAGAUUAGAUGGACAUCCUGAUAUUUAUUCUUCAUCUCAAAGUGGUUCAAGUGCUUCGAUGGCGGCCAAUGGAAUCAAAAAAGAACAUCGAGGGGAUCGAGAAUUACCAAAGGCUACUAAUAAAUCGGCCAAAAGGUUUUCUGGAUUCGGAUUCUAUGGAAAGAAGAUUGCAGCUGUUCUUGGAUCGAACUCUACAUCUAAACAUGAAGAAAAAUCAAAUGAAUCAAAUCCAUUGGAUACCUCUGUCUUGUUGAAUGGUCAAUCACUCGAUACCGUUGAUCCUACUAGAGGUUUUCAUCCAUUGAUUUCGAUUUAUUAUUUAGUUAGAGAAAAGAUUGAAAGGGAAAAGAUCUAUGGACCUGGUUUCUUUGCUUCCUCUACUCUUUCUGUGACUGGACCACCACCACCACCUGCUCCUCCCUCAGCAUACAAGAGUGCUUAUUCACCUACGGUACCGGAUUUUCCUGAUAUUCGACCACCGGCGGCUGCUGCUGUGAAUACGAAUAAUGAUAACCCACCACCUAGAUCAGCUCUCAAACAUCGUACGUCGGGAUAUCAAACAGCAGAAGAAGAUCGAAACCAUCGAACAAGAUCAUCUGCUCGACCAUCUACUGCCGUAGCAGUGAUGAGCACAGCACCUAAAUCAGCACCUGCUUCACCUGCUAGACCAGGUGAUGAAACCGAUCAUCCUCGAAGAAGUACACAAGCCAAUGCUCAAAGAUCUGAAUUAGGAUCUAAACCACCUACCAGUCGAGCCGAAAGAGUGCUCAGUAUGAUUGAAACUAGUGAUCAAGCUCAUCAUCAAUCUACAAGUAUUGCUAAACGGUUUGGAUCAUUCUUGGGAAGAUCUUCAUCUGUGGUAGAUCCUGAUCAUGAUUAUAAACGACAUCGGCCUAGAACGUCGAUUGGAGGAUCUGGACAUAAAUCGUCGACUAAGACACCCUUGAGUGCUUUACCACAAGUCACUGAGACUAGAAGGAUCGAUCCAGAUGAUGUUCCAUUGAGUGCACCGGCUCAUGGGAAACCAGUUAGUAGAGCAAGUACGAUUGGAGUUCCUGGAACUGGAGCCGGAACCACCAAAGAAUCAAGUUCUACUGCUGCCAAUCGAACUAUUCCACAUUCAGCUUCAGCUGGAUCAUCUUGGAGACCUAGGUUGAAUUCAUUACAUAAUCCAACAAGUACCCCAAGUGAAGGAGAAGAUCAAGGAACAAGUCUUUCAAUGGGAAACGGAGGAGUUGAAGCUCCUAAUGCUAAUAAUUGUACAACUUUAUUGGAAAGUGAAGAAGAAGAAAUCACCAAUCAUCAUCGAGAAGUAGAAGUGGAGAAUGAGAAUGAGAGACCGGAAAGUGGUGGGAUGAUACCUUCUUCUAAGUAUCAAGUUGAAUUUUCGGGUAGAACGGCUUCACCUAGUCGUGGAGAUAAGAUAAAACCGAUUUAUUUAAAAGGAUUAUUUUCAGUAGCAACUACAUCUACCAGAGGACCACAAGUCUUACGAACCGAUCUAAUUAAAGUUUUGAACCGAAUCGGAGUUCAAAAUCGUGAAAUCAAAGGUGGAUUCGAAUGUGCUCAUGCUCCUUCGAUUGAUCUUUCUAGGUUAGGUAAAGGUAGAGAUCGAGUAGGUGUUUCGAACGAAAGAGUUUCUUCUUCUUCUCCACCUCAAGAAUCUACCACUGCUGGGGUUGGAUCAGCUGGGGGUGGGACAGGUGGGACAGGUGCGAUGAUUAAGAGAAAGUUGUCCAGAGGAUCUUUUAUUGAGAAUGGUGGUAGUGAUGCGUUAAGUUUAUCAAAUCAUCAAAAAGGAAACUUUAGUAAGAAGACAAAAGAUGAUUUGGUAGUUCGAUUUGAAAUCUUUAUUGUUAAGAUGCCUUUGUUACCUGGUAUUAAUGGCCUACAGUUUAGAAGGAUUUCAGGUAAUGUUUGGCAGUAUCAAACGUUUGCUAAGAGAAUUUUACAGGAAUUGAAGUUGUGAGGUGUUUGGAUCAAGAUCGGAUUUGAAUGGUCAAGAUCGGAUUUGGAUGGUCAAAAAUCAAUGAAUGGUCAAAAAUCAAUGAAUGGAUUUAAUGGAUUUAAUGAAGGAUGGGGUUUAAUGAAGGAUUAGGUUUUUGAAAAGAACAAAAGAAGGAAAUAGGUACAAGGAAAUCUUGGGAUCCGUCUUUUUUCUUUGCUUUUGAUGGUUUGUUUGAUUAAUUAAAACUUGCUUUGAUUUGGUUUGGUUUUUUAAAUUUCUUAAAUUUCAAUCUUUUUUCAAUCUUUUUUAAUUUUUUCCAAUCUUUUUUAAUUUUUUCUAAUCUUUCUAAUUCCUUUUUUAUCAUAUACAAUCUACAAUCUCUUUCACUUUUUUUGACUCUUUUUUGCUUCCUUUUUUAAACUUUCAUGAAUUUUAUACUUUUAUAUCUUUCUUUUUUUGGUUUGGUUUUGGUUUUAUUUUAAAAAAAAUAAAUUUAUGGUUUCGUUUUAGCUUAGCUUAGUCAAUUUUUUUCAUUUGAAUCUUUAUUUGAAUCUUUAAAUCUUUAUUUGAGUCUUUAUUUGAAUCUUUAUUUUGAAUCUUCAUUUUGAAACUUUAUUUUGAAACUUUAUUUGAAACUUUAUUUGAACCUUUAUUUAUCAAUUGAGAAAAAAAAAUGGAGAAGUUUUUUUGUUUUUGUUUUGUUUUACUUUACUUUUGACUUUGACUUUGGUUUUGACUUUGACUUUGGUUUUGAUCACUACUAUUACUAUUACUAUUACUAUUACAUACUCUUUUGAUCUUUAUUUUUCACAUGAUUUGAAUCCUUUAAAGUCUUUCUUUUCUUUCCAUUUUCUCUUGAUUGUUUUAUAAUUCUUUUUUUUCAUUUCUCUUUUGUUUUUGGUGCUUUGUUUUUUGUGCUUCUUUUGCAAUGUGAUAGUGUCUUUCUUUUAUAGGUCUAUAAC